UUCGCAACAGUUGGAACAUAUUUAUAUAUAUACGCAUCUUUUUUUUGUUGCAAAUCUUACGCAAAAUGUGCAAAUUGAGUUUGUGUCUGUUGGUUGCCAUCUUUGGCUGCCUGGUGGCCCAGAGUUUGGCGGGUGUGGCACGUGACGCCGAUAUACAUCGCGAUAUUGUUGUGGUCAAGAAUGUGCGCGAUUUCGCAGCCCAGCAUCCGGGCCUGAAGAUGCAGCGGCUGGAGAAGCAGCCGGCGGUGCGUGCUAGCGGACAGUCCGUGCGUUAUACGCUAGGCGCUCGUGUUUCCGGCGACAGACUGGUUGCCCAGGGCGCCGACGUCUACAGCUAUCCGGCACGCAAGGACGUCAGCCUGCAGCUGACAUACCCGGAGUCCGGCGCUGGCUCGAUUGUCACCUUUGUGGAGCUCAUUUGCACGCAGGACAACAGCGAGGGCAAUGCCUAUGUUGUUGCCGGCGGCAUUGGCCAGCGGUUCAUAUCGAUUGUGGUCGAGGCCAAGCAGACCGAGAACUUUGCCUACCAGGCCCAAUACUUUGGCUCCGAUUAAGUGAGAGCGCCGCUUUCUCCCACAAAUAUUAGCUCUCUUUAAUGCAUUCUUUUCUUUUGCUUCCUUUUUUGUUUUUUUUUGAUGUUUGAUUGUACAAACUAUCGCAUAUACACACAUAUAUAAAUGAAUUACUAUCUAUAAAUUGUAGCCGCUUUCAUUAUAGAGGGGCCUUCG